AUUUCACUUCGACAACGUGUGAAAGCUACACGCGUCGCAUUUCGAAAAAUGGGACUAAAUUCUUGGAAAUUAUAAAUUUUGAACUUUGAUACUAACUACUGAAAGGAUAUUUUUGGAACUAAUUCAAGAUGAUGACCAAAGUGAAAGCACAGGGGCUGGUCUCCGACCUGAUGCCCAACAUCAAGUUGAUGCAGGCAGCUGGACACUUCCUCUUCAAUUACCAUGCAGAAAAUGGUGGCAUGACCGGCCUCCUUCGUAAGAUCUACGCCAGUACCCACGCGAUUCUCAUCACGAUACACUUCGCGUGCUUGGGUAUCAACAUGGCCCAGUACUCUGACGAGGUCAACGAGCUGACUGCCAACACUAUCACCGUCCUCUUCUUCACUCAUACUAUCAUCAAGUUGGGGUUCUUCGCUUUGAACUCCAAGAGUUUUUACAGGACUUUAGCAGUAUGGAACCAGUCGAACAGCCACCCUCUGUUCACGGAGUCAGAUGCCCGCUACCAUCAAAUUGCGCUCACCAAGAUGAGGAGACUCCUGUACUUCAUCUGCGGCAUGACUGUCCUGUCAGUUGUUAGCUGGGUCACACUCACAUUCUUCGGUGAAUCAGUCCGCUUGAUUACUAGUAAGGAAACGAAUGAGACGUUGACAGAAGUAGCCCCUCGACUGCCUCUGAAGGCCUGGUACCCUUUCAAUGCUAUGAGCGGCACCACGUAUAUUAUCGCUUUCGCUUUUCAGGUCUACUGGCUCCUCUUCUCAAUGGCUAUAGCAAAUCUGAUGGAUGUUAUGUUCUGCUCCUGGCUGAUCUUCGCUUGUGAACAGCUGCAGCAUCUGAAGGCCAUCAUGAAACCUCUCAUGGAACUCAGUGCUUCACUGGACACGUAUCGGCCUAAUACUGCUGAGUUGUUCCGCGCUUCUUCCACUGAAAAAUCAGAAAAGAUUCCUGAUACUGUCGACAUGGACAUCCGCGGCAUAUAUUCCACGCAGCAAGAUUUCGGGAUGACAUUGCGAGGAGCUGGAGGUAGACUGCAGACCUUUGGACAGCAGAACAACAACCCUAAUGGCUUGACUCCGAAGCAGGAGAUGCUGGCGAGGUCUGCUAUUAAGUAUUGGGUGGAGAGGCACAAACACGUCGUCAGAUUGGUAGCAUCGAUAGGAGAUACGUAUGGUACUGCCCUGCUGUUCCACAUGUUGGUGUCUACUAUAACACUCACUCUGCUGGCUUAUCAGGCUACUAAGAUCAAUGGAAUUAAUGUGUAUGCGUUCAGUACUAUUGGCUACCUCAGCUAUACCCUGGGCCAGGUGUUCCAUUUCUGUAUCUUCGGGAACAGGCUUAUUGAAGAGAGUUCCUCAGUGAUGGAAGCCGCCUACUCCUGUCAGUGGUACGACGGCUCCGAGGAAGCAAAGACCUUCGUCCAGAUCGUGUGCCAGCAAUGCCAGAAAGCUAUGAGCAUCUCCGGAGCCAAGUUCUUCACGGUGUCACUUGAUCUUUUUGCUUCGGUACUUGGUGCAGUAGUCACUUACUUCAUGGUGUUGGUACAGCUGAAGUAAAAUGGAUUUCGCUACUAUGUCCAAUUGUUUACAGUAUAUUUUUGAAUGUUUCUACCAUCAGGUGGACUAUUUAGAACCUUGUAUGGUAAAUAGAAACAAAAGGGAUAAAAUAUUUUUUAUAAUAUUAAAUUAAAUCAUAUUUAUUUUUGAACUUAAUACACGGGGUGAUGAUAAAAGAUGUCGAUUUUCAGUUAAAAGUUCAUGGUGUUCAAUUCUAGCCGAUUUUUAUCAAAACAAAAUUCCCCCAACAUUUUUUUCUUUUUGAGAUUUUUGAGAUUUUUUUAACAAGUUAAUUAUAACAUCUGUAAGAUUUCUUAUAUUGACCGUAACAUAAAAAUUGAAAAUAAAUUCUAACUUAUUUUAUCGUUUCAGUACGAAAUCGGAAUGUAAUAAUUUAAUUAAAUAUGAAAUGCCUGAAGGAAAAAUUGUUCGGAAACUUAAUUUAUUCUUUUCAAAGAAAUUAAGAUUCAUUUAGUGAUAUAAAUCUAGUAGCGAGCUUCUUAUAAAGUAGUCGCGCAAAAUAUAUUUUAAAGGUUUUAUUAUAUAGGUAGUAUUAACUUUUUAUAAGAAAUAAUCUGUAUUUUAUAAUAAUAAGCACUAAAUAUUUAAAAUUAUUUACAAAUAAACGAAAUAUUUUAAUUAAAACUUUUAAAUCUAUGUACAUAAAGUUUUCUUCUUUAUAGAAAUGUUAAUAAUUUAUUUAAAAAUGAAAUUAUUUACGACUUAUAGAAGUAGUUAAGAUAAAUAUAGAGGUAAAAUAACAAAGAUGGAUAAUUUAUUUUCAAAUGAUUAUAUUUUUAUUUUAUGAAAUCUUAUUUAUAAACGUGUUGUAUUUUAAAAGUAUUUAGAAAUCACCCUGUACAUGUAGGUGUAUUUAUUUUAUUCUAAUAAAGUGUUUAAAAUUA